AAACAAAAGUGAUGCGAGCGCCUCUUUCUCCAUUCACUUGCGCUGCGGAAUCCACUCCAUCAACAAGUGAGCUUGCGACCUUCUCACAGCGGACAGACAAAUAAAGAACCAUAGUAGAUCACUUUUCACCAGAAGUGGAAAACAGUGCACUGUUUCAAUUCCAAGUGAGUCAUAAGUGGAAGUUGUUUGGAUUUAUAGAUUCACAGAAGUUAAAACAUGGAGUACAUGGAUAUUGAAAUUGAUGUUCAAAACUACAGUCCUUCUACAGAAAGUACCCAUGAUACAACGAGAUUUUCUAUCUUCAACAUGUUUAACUCCUCUCUUCAAGAAAUGUACAACAUGAGUAACAUUUCUGUCAGUGGGAAUGACAGCAAACAAGAAGACAUAGACUAUCCUCAAGCUGAAGAAAUGGAACGGAUUCUUAGUAUUGUUGUACCUAUUCUUUUUGGCACCAUAUUCAUUGUUGGACUAUUUGGCAACUUUCUUGUCGUCAUUGUUGUCUUGUUUAAUCCUCAGAUGCGGUCUACUACCAAUCUUUUGAUCAUAAAUCUGGCAGUGGCAGACCUCCUGUUCAUAAUUUUUUGUGUUCCUUUCACAGCAUGGGACUAUUCUCUUCCUUAUUGGCCAUUUGGUGGCGUAUGGUGCCGCAUCGUGCAAUACUUAGUGAUUGUGUGCGCCUACGCCAGUAUUUACACUCUAGUCCUUAUGUCUCUCGAUCGGUUCAUGGCUGUAGUACACCCUAUAACGUCAAUAUCAAUCCGCACAGAAAAAAAUGCAUACAUUGCUAUUGGCAUCACAUGGUCGUGUAUUAUUCUUGCUUGCGUACCAGUCCUUCAGGCCCAUGGGUUAAUGAACUACAUGUUCAGGCAGAAAGAGCAUUCCGUUUGUGUGUUCCUUGCAAAUGAGGGCUAUAAUCACGCUGCCUUUCAGAUUUCAUUCUUCCUGUCUUCCUACGUAGUACCAUUGGUGUUGAUAUUUGCCCUUUACAUGCUCAUACUGAAAAGAUUAUGGUUCCAUGCAGCUCCUGGUGGAAAGAUGAGCGCAGAAAGUCACAAGUCAAAGAAACGAGUCACGCGAAUGGUGGUGAUUGUUGUCCUGAUUUUUGCCAUUUGUUGGUUUCCCAUACAGAUCGUUCUGGUACUCAAAAGUUUGAAUAAAUAUCACCUGGAAACAGCCACAAUCGUUGUUCAGAUUGCCUCUCACAUCCUGGCUUAUAUGAACUCAUGCGUAAACCCUAUUCUUUAUGCUUUUCUGUCCGACAAUUUUCGCAAAGCUUUUCGGAAGGUAAUCUCUUGUAGUCCAGGACAUAAUAACACAAACAGACAACGAGAAACAACUGGGACUUGUGCAACUAAAAGUACCAAUCUGAAUAACGAUAUUUUGUAAGAAGGUUUUGUGGACCUCUAAUAAUAUCAUGAAAGUUUCCUGAUAUACAUUAGACCAGCUUAGCUUUUCUGAGACAAAACUUUGUUUCUAUCUAACCAAAAGACAAAAACAAUAAAAAAAGCAAUUAUUUAAAAAAGUCGUAGAUAUAAAUUAUCUUUUAAUAAAAAAGAUUUUGUCACUUUUUUUUCACAACCCAUUAUCCUGUUAUUGCUGUCAAUAGAUAACUAUGUCGGCAUUGUUUGAGACUUGGAUUGUGUAACAAUUCUUAUUGUUUCACUGCUUGUGAUUUUUAUAGUCUUCUAUUAGAUGUAUUUUUGGGGUGCACUUCCGAGAACAUCUUUUUGGGAUGCAUUUCCGAUAACAACAACUAUAAAGUUAAGACUAAAUAUUCUUUAAUUCAAAUUCAGUGAGUAUUUGUGGUAGAUGUUCAGGAAUACUUGCUGCCGUAAAUUUCUAUUAUAGAAGAAAUACUGAUGUCAAAGUUACCAGAAUAAUAUGAGCCUGAAAGACCGGAGGCUAUAGCUUUAAACUGUUACUCACCGCCAAACCUAGCCUGUGGCUAAUAACUACGAGCUCUUUUUCUUGAAAUGCGGAUUUAGUGUGAUGUUAAAAACAAGACUAAACUGAAAAGAACUUUAACGAAAUGUGUGCAUUGGAUUACACAUAGUUUAAUGAUUACGAAGAAUGUGCUAUGUGUUAUAAAACAAAAAGUAAUCACAGUAUCGUGACUUAACUUUAGAUAGUAAAUUAAUUAUAGUUUAGAUUUGUUUUGUCAACAGCUGUGCAUAUCAAGAACACUUCAAACUAGAACACUGACAUUGUAUCGAGCGGUCCUGGAAGACAAUAGCUUCUGAGAGAAAAGUAGGGAGAGCCGAUGAGAUUUGAUUUAUUUAAUAAUAGCUAUUUAGGGUAUAUGUAGACAUAUGCCGUUAUAACUGAAUCACAAUUAGAAGUAAAAUAGGUACGUUGUAUUUAUUUACGUGUGUGUGUGUGUAAUGCUGAUUCUGAGUUUAGAGCCUAGAUGUUAUAAAAGUGUUUUUGUUCAAUGUAAAAAUAUUUGUCUUUUAAGAUCUCUGAAUACUUAGCUAUUUUUUCGAUAUUUAAACGUCUUAUGAGUGUUUUUUGGGCUUCCUAAUUAAGGUAUAUGUACUAGCAUAGUUUAAUUAUUGCAACAGUAUAUAUAUAUAUAUAUAUACGUGUGGUUUAUAAUAUAAAUACUUUAGUAUUUCUGGCGCUGUUUGUUUGCGGGGCUCCACAAACAACGUCAGGAAACACUUGGUAGUAAUAGAACGCAUGUUUCUCUAGCUUCGAUUGUGUUUAAUAUAUAUAUACACGUGUAGCAAGUGCGUUAAUAAAACGUUAAUAUAUUUCACAUCAAUAGUUUCACUGUUAUCCAAUAUGGCUGUAUUCAUUAUAAACCUCUGUUUUUAUAUUGUAACUUAGUAUGAUCGUUGUCAAAUAAAGUUUGUGAGUUUUGUUCUGCUA